AACAACAGAAUUGAAAACCAGAGCGUCACAUGAUGAAUCCACAGGUUGCAACGCAGUAAACGACGAGUUAUUGCAAUAGCAAAGCGAAAUGAAAUGAUUUUGACGGGCGUUUGUGGCAAUCAGUUCUUUCCAAUAGCUUAUAACUAGAGUAGUAAACGUACGACAGCGCUCGGCUGUUGUGGAAUGCCACAUUAAUGUGCAAUAGAGUUUAGGCUGCUCACCACUGGUCCGAAAACUGCUUCGAAAUGUCGGAGCGGACUCCUCUCCUACACUAUCGCCUUUCCACAAGUGUCAAUGAGUCGGGGGAACAUCAGGCGAGUCCGGCCGGGGAGGCGGUGGAAAAAUCGCCGGCCGUCUCCAAACGGAAGUCGGCACACCAUGGGCAAGCCCAAAAGCUUUCCACGUUUUUCGGCGUGGUGAUACCCACCUUACUGUCUAUGUUCAGUGUGGUGGUCUUUCUAAGAAUUGGGUUUGUGGUGGGGCAGUGUGGCCUGUAUCAGACCAUAGCCAUGUUCCUGGUGGCUUACUUCAUCAUCAGCAUGACUGUCCUGUCUGUCUGUGCUAUCUCAACCAAUGGGGCUCUUGAUGCUGGUGGAGCCUACUACAUGAUCAGCCGAGCGCUGGGGCCGGAGUUUGGUGGUAGCAUCGGCAUCAUGUUCUUCCUGGCUAACGUAUGUGGCAGUGCCCUCUUUGUCCUGGGGUUGGUGGAAGCUAUUGUUGCCACCUUUGGCAUCCCCGAAGACGGAACCAGUGUUCCGGACAUCCACCAGGUGCUGCCCACCGGGUACUGGUGGCUGCUGCUGUAUGGCACGGGCGUGCUGUUGGUGUGUCUGGUGGUGUGUCUGGUGGGCGCCCACAUCUACGCCAAGGCCACCUUCCUCAUCUUCCUGGCCGUCAUGCUGGUGCUGGGCACCGUCUUCGUGAGCUUCUUCGCCGUGCGCCCGCUCACCGUGACCCUGCCCGGCCCCGCGCCGCCCUUCGUCAACGGUUCGGGCCCCGCUCCCCCCGCCACCGCCAACUUCACCGGCUUCAAACUGGACACGCUGCUGGGAAACCUCGGACCGGACUAUGCGGUGGACUACACCACGGGAACAAUGAUGAGCUUCGCCACCGUGUUUGCGGUGAUGUUUAACGGCUGCACCGGCAUCAUGGCAGGCUCCAACAUGUCUGGUGACCUGAAGAGCCCCAGCUCGUCCAUCCCUAGAGGCACCAUCACUGCCGUCAUCUUCACCUUCAUCAUCUACAACCUGCUGUGUCUGCUGGUAGCCUGCUCAUGUGACCGCAUCCUGCUCCAGAGGGACUACAGCUUCCUGAGGGACAUCAACGUAUGGCACCCUUUCGUCACCAUCGGGGUCUACUCCUCCACUCUCUCUGCCGCCAUGAGCAACCUGAUCGGGGCGUCCCGCAUCCUGUACGCUCUCGCACGGGACGACCUGUUCGGGAAGGCUCUGUCUCCUGCCAAGAAGACCUCCCACAGCGGGAACCCCUGGGUCUCAGUGCUCAUCUCCUGGUUCCUGGUGCAGCUGGUGCUGUUUUCAGGGAAGCUCAACACGAUCGCCGCCAUCGUCACCAUCUUCUUCCUGCUGGUGUACGCAGCUGUGGACCUGGCCUGCCUGGCCCUGGAGUGGGCCUCCGCUCCCAACUUCAGGCCGACGUUCCGCUACUUCACCUGGCAUACGUGCGUGCUGGGCAUCGUAGGCUGUGCCAUCAUGAUGUUCCUGAUCAACGCCAUCUACGCCUCGGCCAGCAUCGCCUUCAUGCUGCUGCUCCUCCUGCUCAUCCACUACCUCAGUCCCACCAGCAGCUGGGGCUACAUCAGCCAGGCGCUCAUCUUCCACCAGGUGCGUAAGUACCUGCUGAUGCUGGACGUGAGGAAGGACCACGUCAAGUUCUGGAGGCCUCAGGUGCUGCUGAUGGUGUCUAACCCCCGCAGCUUGCACCGGCCUCAUCAGCUUCAUCAACGACAUCAAGAAGAAGCGGGCCUGUACGUGCUGGGACAUGUGCACCUGGGAGACCUCAACACGUUGCCGUCAGACCCUCUGCAGUCUCGGUAUGACUCGUGGCUGUCUCUGGUGGACCACCUGAACUUCAAGGCCUUCGUCAACCUGACCCUGGCUGACUCAGUCAGGCACGGAGUCCAGCACCUGCUCUUCAUCUCUGGCCUGGGUGGAAUGAGGCCCAACACCCUGGUCCUGGGUUUCUAUGACGACUGCCCCCCUGAGGACAAACUGUCCAACCCCUCCCUCACCUUCGCCCCGUACCCCGACUCCUCCAGCCCCGCCCCGGACCCCGAGGACGACACCACCCUCUUCCACUUCCCCGCCGUCCGGGGCGAGGGCAAUGGCGUGGACCCGGGAGACCCCGGCGCCGGCAAGGUCCUGGGGCCCCAGGAGUACGUGGCGGUGAUCGCCGACGCCAUGAAGAUGCUGAAGAACGUGGCUCUGGCCCGCUACUUCCACCUGUUCGACCGCGCCGAGGCGCUGUCGUCCUCGGCGGGGAGGGGCCGCCUCUACGUGGACGUGUGGCCCGUCAACCUGCUGAGGCCCGACAGCAGCAGCUACGUGGACACCUGCUCCUUCUUCCUGCUCCAGCUGGCCUGCAUCCUCAACAUGGUCCGCGCAUGGCGCCGCGCCCGCCUCCGCCUCUUCCUGUGCGUGGAGGAGGGGCGGAGCCUGCGCGGGGCGGAGGACAAGCUGGGCCAGCUGCUCAAGGAGCUGAGGAUCAAGGCCAACGUCUACACGGUGCCCUGGGACCAGCAGGUGGCGCUGCACUGGCAGCGGCAGGGUGAGGCGGGCAAGAGGAGGCCGACGCGCCAGGAGGGGGAGGAGGAGGACGGGGGAGAGCAGGAGGAGAAGAGGCAGGAGGUGGAGGAGGAGGAGGACGGGGACUUUGUCAACAGUUUCCCCAGCAACGCCACGCGGCUCUCUGACGAGUACUUGGCGGCUGUAAACGGUCUAAUCCUGCAGCAGGCACGCCCCGCUCCCGCUGUCCGCUUCCUGUACCUGCCCCGCCCCCCGGCGGACACGCGGCGCUACGCAGCCUACCUCCGCCAGCUGGACCUGCUGACCGUCAACCUGGGCCCCACCCUCCUCAUCCACGGGGUCACGCCCGUCAUCACCACCGACCUUUAACCCCUCACCCCCGUUACUGCCUCUGACCCUCUCUACACCAGCAAGACCAAUUUACACCUUCAUUCAGACUCUCUAGAACCUUCCUGUCGUUCCUACGAGGAGGCAUCUUUGAUCCGACGCGAGGCGGGUGUGGAACAGCUGGUUAGAGAAGCUCACGUUUUCACAGAUCAAAUCGUGUUGAGAUGGGUAAAGGUUGCAUUUCUAGAGGUUCUAGAGAAGGUUCCCAUCUUCGACGCUGAGGAACCUCAGUUAAGAUCUGAGGAUGGUGGACGAGUCCAAGCAGAAGUCCAGAUGGUGCCUCCUCCAGCAUGAUGACACCCUUCAUAGAACCACCCCAAUGUCUGAACAGAUGAAACGUUUGAUGGGUUUCUUCAUCAGCAGUUGGGAGAGGGGGCUG